AGGACAGCUGUUGAUGUUCAUCAGCAAGGGAGUGUGGCGCAGCAACCCGCUGGCGGCCGUGUUCCUGUCGUGGCUGCUGGUGCAACUCAUCCUGUUGAUCGGCUCACUCAACCUCAUCGCUCAGAUCAACUCGGUGCUCUUCUUGCUCUCCUAUCGCACCAACCUCGCCUGCCUCGGUCUCGACCUCGCGUCCGCGCCCAACUUCAGGCCUUCGUUCAAGUACUUUUCGUGGUACACAGCGUUGAUUGGCCUGAUAGGAACUCUGGUGAUGAUGUUUGUGAUCAACUCGGUGUACGCUGCAUCCAGCAUUGUGCUCUGUCUUCUUCUAGUUCUCCUGCUGCAUCUUUUCUCUCCUUCUAGAUCGGCGCACUGGGGUUCCAUAUCGCAGGCGCUUAUUUUCCAUCAGGUGCGAAAAUACCUACUAAUGCUUGACUCGCGGAAAGACCAUGUGAAGUUCUGGCGACCACAGAUGCUGCUGAUGGUUGGCAACCCACGCAGUUGCUGUCCUCUCAUCAGCUUCGUCAACGACCUCAAGAAGAGUGGCCUGUAUGUGCUGGGCCACGUCAAAGUGGGACCUGAGUUCAGCCAAAUGAGUGACGAUCCCACGCUCGACGAGUACUCACACUGGCUGUCACUCGUUGACCAUAUCAAGGUGAAAGCGUUCAUAGAGCUGACAGUGGCUCGAUCGGUGCGGGAGGGCCUGCACCAUUUGGUGCACCUCUCAGGUCUGGGUGCCAUGAAGCCCAACACCAUUGUCUUCGGAUUCUACGACGAUCAAAUACCGCAUGACUAUUUCUUGGAUGCCGACUCGCCGUACCGCACAGAGCGGUUCCAGCAGGAGUGUGGAGGUGCCAGUGGUGGGGGUAGUGAAGGUGAAAGUGGAAGAGGCAGUGGAGGGGGUAGUGAGGUGUUUGGCCUGCGGCAGUCAGUUGAGGAAAAGCAGUUGACCGGACAGGAGUUUGUGUGUCUGAUCAGCGAUGUGCUGCGAAUGAAGAAGAACGUGUGUGUGUGUCGACACUUUCACACUCUCAACAAAGCAAAGGCCGCCGUCAAGUCGGGCAGUUUUAAGUACAUUGAUGUAUGGCCAGUCAACUUCUUCCAUCCAAACGCUGAGGAUCCGUUCAACACUACCAGCCUAUUUAUGCUACAGUUGGCCUGCAUUAUAAAUAUGGUGCGUGGCUGGAAGCACCUGCAGCUGCGUGUGUUCCUGUGCGACAGCAACAUGGCGGUGACCGGCCUGACCGAGUUCCACGCUCAACGCUCCACCGAACAGAGGUUCCGUCAUCUGCUGCACUCGCUCAGAAUUAAGGCUUCCAUACAUCCGGUGGCAGAAUGGUCGACUCAGUUGGCGUCCCUGAGAGGGGGAUCUGUGUUCCGGACCAAAGACCAUGAAGUGUCCGACGGUCAUGUGGCAAAAACUUAUUUGUCAAACUUGAACCAAGUGAUGCGUCACCACUCGUCGGACAAGGCGACUGCCCUGAUGUUGCUGUACUUGCCCGAGCCUCCCUCGGCCCAAUCAUCGGCCAAUGAUCUCACCCAAUACCUGCAGUAUCUCAACCAGUUGACGACCGAUCUGCCUGCCACGCUAUUGGUGCAUGGUAUCAGCACUGUCACCUCCACCACCCUGUGAUUGCUACACCACUGUAAGGCCACAUUACACUACAGUAAGGCCACACUACACCACUGUAAGGCCACACUACACCACUGUAAGGCCACAUUACACUACAGUAAGGCCACACUACACCACUGUAAGGCCACAUUACACUACAGUAAGGCCACACUACACCACUGUAAGGCCACACUACACCACUGUAAGGCCACACUACACCACUGUAAGGCCACACUACACCACUGUAAGGCCACACUACACCACUGUAAGGCCACACUACACCACUGUAAGGCCACACUACACCACUGUAAGGCCACACUACACCACUGUAAGGCCACACUACACCACUGUAAGGCCACAUUACACUACAGUAAGGCCACACUACACCACUGUAAGGCCACACUACACCACUGUAAGGCCACAUACACUACAGUAAGGCCACACUACACCACUGUAAGGCCACAUUACACUACAGUAAGGCCACACUACACCACUGUAAGGCCACACUACACCACUGUAAGGCCACACUACACCACUGUAAGGCCACACUACACCACUGUAAGGCCACACUACACCACUGUAAGGCCACACUACACCACUGUAAGGCCACACUACACCACUGUAAGGCCACACUACACUACAGUCAUGUCAAAUAUUGCAUUAAGCUAUACAGCAACUAAGAUUCGACUACAUAAGGCUAGUUUCACAUACUUUAGCCCUCCGACCAUGUAUGUAUAGGAUAGACACGGUGGUAGUCAAAACCGUUGAUGGCGACAUGGCUACAAAUUAUUCAAUGAAUGUAGUAAGUUAAGAAAAUCUGGUAGAAGGAAAUAAUGCUAGAAAUAAAUGGUAAUUGAAAUUGUGAUUAAUGAUGAUUAAUUUUAAUUUUCAUGAGCAUGAUUUAAGCUGGAAAACAGUAUAUUAAACUAAUGUUUUGCCAUACAGUGACGUCACACGGCAAUGGAGAUGUUCAAUGAAUGUAGUAAGUAAAGAAAAUCUGGUAGAAGGGAAUAAUGCUAGAAAUAAAUGGCAAUUCAAAUUGUGAUCAAUGAUGAUUAAUUUUAAUUUUCAUGAGCAUGAUUUAAGCUGGAAAACAGUAUAUUAAACUAAUGUCUUGCCAUACAGUGACGUCACACGGCAAUGGAGAUGUUCAAUGAAUGUAGUAAGUUAAGAAAAUCUGGUAGAAGGGAAUAAUGCUAGAAAUAAAUGGUAAUUGAAAUUGUGAUCAAUGAUGAUUAAUUUUAAUUUUCAUGAGCAUGAUUUAAGCUGGAAAACAGUAUAUUAAACUAAUGUCUUGCCAUACAGUGACGUCACACGGCAAUGGAGAUGUUCAAUGAAUGUAGUAAGCAAAGAAAAUCUGGUUGAAGGGAAUAAUGCUAGAAAUAAAUGGUAAUUGAAAUUGUGAUCAAUGAUGAUUAAUUUUAAUUUUCAUUAGCACGAUUUAGGCUGGAAAACAGUAUAUUAAACUAAUGUUUUGCCAUACAGUGACGUCACACGGCAAUGGAGAUGUUCAAUGAAUGUAGUAAGUUAAGAAAAUCUGGUAGAAGGAAAUAAUGCUAGAAAUAAAUGGUAAUUCAAAUUGUGAUCAAUGAUGAUUAAUUUUAAUUUUCAUUAGCACGAUUUAGGCUGGAAAACAGUAUGUUAUUAAACGAAUGCUUUGCCAUACAGUGACGUCGUAGAUGUUCCUUACAACAUCUUUUAGCAUGAAGAUGGUGAACGCCGUGUCUAUCCUAUACAUGGUCGAAGCUUUAGCCAGUUACACACACAUUGAUUUUUGCCGUCCUUGUAAAUUCUAUUAGAUUAAACAGAUGAUG